CUUCACACUUCUGAACCCUGCUUUCGCCUGCAGCAUCAUCUGAAUAUUUUGCUACCAAUGUCUAAGAAAAGAGGCCUUUCGUUAGAUGAGAAGCGCGAGAAAAUGCUACAAAUAUUUUAUGGGUCACAGGACUUCUUCCUUCUCAAGGAACUGGAGAAAUUGGGUCCCAAGAAAGGCAUUAUCAGCCAGACGGUGAAAGAUGUUGUCCAGAGUUUAGUGGAUGAUGACCUUGUUUCAAAAGACAAGAUAGGGACUUCUGUAUACUUUUGGAGCCUACCAAGCUGUGCUGGAAACCAGCUGAGGAAUGUGCAUCGGAAACUGGAAGCUGAUCUUCAAAAUAGUAAGAAGCGGCUUGCUGAACUUGAAGACCAAUGUCAUGCUUUGAAGAAGGGAAGAGAGGAAUCGGUUGACAGAGAGAAGGCAUUGGAUGAGCUGAAAGCCAUUGAAGAGAAACAUAAUGAGCUAAAGGAUGAAAUGGGACAGUAUGCAGACAAUGAUCCAGCUACUUUUGAGGCAAUGAAGAAUGCAAUUGAAGUAGCUCAUGCAGCAGCUAACAGAUGGACAGAUAACAUCUUCACUCUGCGGCAAUGGUGUUCAAAUAACUUUCCCCAGGCCAAAGAACAACUUGAUCACCUUUUCAAUGAGGUUGGAGUUACGGAUGACUUUGACUAUUUGGAGUUGCCUGCAGUUGUUCCCCUUGGCCCGGGAGAGCAGACAGUCGAAACCUAUAACUGAGUAUAUAACGCAGUGUCACCGGAAAGCUGUGCCUGCACCAAUAUACAGUAAUUAUACUAUUGAAGGUUAAGUGGUUCCAUUAAAUAUCAUUAACUGGUCCUGGGAUCUUCCCAACUUGAUCUUUAGACCAACAUCCUUGGCAUUGUGUGUCAUUUUUUCUUACCACUUUGUAAUGGUAGAAAGUGUAUAUUCAAUCUCAAAUUCUGAAAGUGGAUCACCUGAAAACCAACUGCAGAUUCUUAUAAAUAUUUG